AUGAAGUUUAUCGACAUCGGAAAACUGCCAGUAACUCCUGGGCUGCGGCUGGAGGUUAUACUUCAUGCCAAAAGAGUGGUGAAAUCUUCAUCUCCGUACCCUGACCUGGACCAACUAUAUUCUCAGAUCCUACGGUUUUGCAUCAAUGAAGGCGGAAAGCUUCGGAAGAUUUUGUUGUUGAUCGUGAGCCCUUUCAGUCAGUUCAAAGCCUUGAAGUCGUCCUUUCAGCUACGCGGCUCGCAUUCAUUUGGCAUGCAAAGCUUAUGGGCUCUUGAACAACUUCUGGAUCUGAGUGAAGGUGGGGCCGCUGCUCUCUUGUCAGGAUUACGUUCGAUCCUCGACAUCCCAUCCUCCACAACAGACAAUGUACGCGUUUUGCAUGCCUCCUUUUCGGAUUUUCUUCUGGACCCGAACCCUGCAGACGAGUACUAUGUAGGCCCAGUACUUUCCUCCUGGGAGUGGAGUCAGUUACAUCUCGCAUGUCAAAUUCGAAUGCUUUCCCAAUUCUGUAAUGAGAGUCAAUCCGAACGUUGGUCUAUGCACUCUCAGGAUUACCCUAUCAACGGAAUCCACGAUGUCGAUAUCGGUGCACUCGAUGUCUGGAAAUAUCUAUACGAGUACCCGACGGCUAUAAUCAACGACGACAUCACAGUAGCUCUCAAUGCAUUUGAUCCACAUCUAUAUCUUGCUACGGUACUUCACUGGAAUUAUGAAUCUAUUCAGUUUCUAGAUCACGGUUCGCCGUUGCAAAGAAAUGAGCCUUCAGUCUUCCGAGUGUCGCGAUUUUCACUUCAAGACGGGAAGUUUCGGGACUGGAGAUACCAGACGGUAGCAGUGCACCAUCAAAUAAGUAUCCUCUAUAGUGCUUUUCAAUCAUUGAAGGAGUUGGAUAGAUCUAGAUCCUCUCGAGGUUGCCUCCAGAAAUUCUUCGAGAGGUGUAGCUCCUUCUUCCACGGUUUUCAUGUGUCAUUUCCUAGAGAUCAGGAUGAAGACUCGAUACGAUACACCCUCCUUGCAUGCCAGUUAUCCAUUUCUGGUCUAUAUUCCCAGUACUCCGACAGAUAUGUUGCGUCGCCUGUCAUAGGUUUGAAGCCAAUUUACGGCCACUUCGACAUAUCGUUGAAAAUUGUGCCUUCGGAGAAUGACGCUGGGCGACAUUCAACAGUCCAACUUCCAGCCAGAUGGGAAGUCAAAUAUAUCGACCCAACUCAAGGGCGACUUCUUCGGAAGCUUCUCGAACUUCUCACUGACUACGAGGACCGGGAAGGAAAAAUCAACACCGGUAUCCCCGACGUCUUUGCUUCAUCAGAAAUGGAGGACUGGAAUUAUAAACUCGCCAGGUUGAACUGGGUAAAGACAUGGAGAACCUAUUUGUUUGGCAAGCUGGCUCAGAGAGCACAAGCGAAAGAAGGCAGCAAACAAGUUUUCGAACUGAAUGGACAGGGUAUCCUUGAGAUAACGACCCAUACACAAAGAUGCGGUGUCGUUGUUACUGGGAUGCCUGGGAUUGGUAAAUCAGUGUUUCCUCUAUGGCCAAAACAUUAG